AUGUUGCCCCUUGAAGGUCGUAGCCAGACGAUCUUUAUCGUUACUACUAUCUUCCUUGGAAUCUCAUUUAUUGCCGUGUGUCUACGAUGCUUCGUGCGCCUUCGGAUUGUCAAGGCCUUUGGCUGGGAUGAUAGCUUUAUGGUAUGCGCAAUGUUAUUAAAUAUCUUGUUUGCGUUAUGCGGUAUCACUGGCGCAUUAUAUGGAAUAGGACAAAAAUCCAAUGAUCUCGUGAAGAGGGGUACGAUAGAAACCGCAAUGUUUUGGUGGUGGCUCGGCCAAACCAUCUAUGUCUGGACUUGUGGGCUGGCCAAGAUCUCUAUCGCAUCCGCCCUCCUCCGCUUGACGGUUUCCAAUGCCCAUAAACUCGUGUUAUGGGCUGUGAUUGGCGUCACUUGUAUUAUUGGUCUUGUCUUCUGGUUCAUGUUGACAUUGCAAUGUCAACCGGUGGAGUUCUUCUGGCAACAAGUUCGCCUUUUGUCGAACCCUCAUGCCAAUGUUUCUGGCACUUGCAUGAACCUUGACCAUAUCAUUGCCAUAGCCUAUGUCUACAGUAUCACCGCUACACUGUGUGAUCUGAUCCUGGGUCUUUUGCCUAUUGCCCUGGUGUGGAACUUGCAGAUGAACCUAAGGACCAAGGCUGCCUUGGCGGGCAUUCUGGGAAUGGGAUGCAUUGCGAGCGCGGCAGUCAUCAUUCGCAUUCCCUUCUUACACAACUACGAAGAUACUGACUUCCUAUAUGCAACCGCCAACAUCUCAAUCUGGUCCAAUGUCGAAGCCGGCCUCGGAAUCGCCGCAGGCAGUCUAGUAACUCUUCGACCGUUAUUCCGCUGGUUCCGCGACCCCAGCUCUAUGGGAGAAAGUAGGAGCAAAAGCAAGCGCACCGGCGGCAGCAUGCCUCUCUCAAGCAUCAACGGAGUGCGCUCCACCACAUCCAACCCGCAAUACUGGCGACCAGACAUAGAUCCGGAAGACCAACACAUGGUGGUUACGACUAUUCAAACCUCGAAUGGAUCGGAGGCGAGCCGGACGAGUAGCCAAGAAGAUCUGAAUCCGAGACACACUGGCACAUUCUUUCAGGGGGUGAAUGUCCAAAAAACGUUUUAUGUUUCAGAGGAUCAGAGGUAG